AUGGCGCGAGAUUAUCACGUGCUGCGCCCGGGAGUUGGUUAUUUCCGGCCCAUCGACCAGACGUCGCACGGUGGUAACCGCGUGGAUCUGAUGAAGAAGGUGUUUCACAUCAACACGCCCCCAGAGGACAUGUACGCGCUCACCCAGGACCAGGCCUACUCGCUGCUGGCGGCUGACAAGAUCGACGAUUUGCUGGAGGCGGUCAUAUCAGCGUAUGAGCGCCACAAGCGGCACCACGACUUUGUGGUGGUGGAGGGCACGUCCAUGCGGGAUGGGUCCAACACGUCGCCCAUCAACGGGCUCAUUGCGUCGGCCCUCGAGUCCCCUGCCCUGCUGCUCACUGAUUGCAUCGCCGCUUCGCACCACCACCCGAAGCACCAUGAGGCGGGGGGCCGGUUUGAGGCGUGGGACUUUGAGAAGGAGGCGGCGAGCUGCAUCUUGGACCAUGCGCGCAUCAUGAGGCAGAGCAGCGUCGACAUCGCCGGCGCCCUGCUCUACCGCACGCCCAGGACGUCCAGAGGAACCACCCGCCUCAGGCAGUACAUCACUGAAGCGGGGAUUCCCUUCCUGGGCGCCCUCCCUGCCGACAAGUCUUUGGAGUCCUUCCAGGUGGAGGACGUGAGGAGGGUGCUGCACGCGCAGGUGCUCUACGGAGAGGACACCCCCCACGCGGCCAACAGCAUGGCCACCGAGAUCACCAAAACCAUGGUGGCAACUCUGCACCUCGCUGAGAUCCUCACGCUCAUCCCGCCCUCCGACGACCCCGCUAGAGGCGCCCUCGUUAUAGCGCACGCCAGCCGCCCGGAUAUCCUGCUCGGGAUGAUCGAUCUGCAUGAGACGCAUCUGAGCACCCAGGUGGCGGCGAUGGUGCUGACGGGAGGGGCGCCUCCUCCUGCUGAGGUGGACGAGCUGAUUCGGACCCGCCCCACGCGAGUGUCCCUCCCAGUGCUGCUGGCCCCCAAGGCCACCUACGACACAUGCCUGGAGCUCGCAAAGGCUGACUCGGAGUUGCACGCUACCUCCACCAGGAAGAUUGAAAGGGCUGAGGUCAUGUUUCACGAGCAUGUGGACAUGCGAGUACUCAACCAAGUCCUCUUCAAGGAGCGCCCUCUCCGCAUGAACCCCAAGCUAUUCCAACACGGCAUCUUUGAGAAGGCUAGAGCCGCCCAGUCACACGUCGUGCUGCCAGAGGGUGCAGAGCCGCGCACGGUGCAGGCAGCAGGUGAGGUGCUCAGGCGUUCCUUGUGCCAGCUGACUCUGGUCGGCAAGCCAGACCUCAUCCUCACCCAGGCCAAGCAGCUUCGGGUGGACCUCACCGGAGCUAACAUCGUCAACCCAGCCUCGGCGCCGAACCUGGAGACCUACGUGGAUAUUCUCUAUGAGGCUCGGAAGUCCAAAGGCAUGACCCGAGCAGAGGCACAGGAGGUGCUGAUCACGGACGCCAAUUACUUUGGCACAGCCAUGGUGGCAGCAGGGGACGCCGAUGGCAUGGUGUCAGGGGCCAUUCACACCACCGCCAACACCGUUCGACCUGCCCUGCAGAUCAUCAAGACCCUCCCAGAGACCCCCAUCGUUUCAUCAGUGUUCUUCAUGUGUCUGCCCGACAAGGUUCUCGUGUACGGUGAUUGCGCCAUCAACACCAAUCCGACGGCUGAGGAGCUUGCGAUGAUCGCCAUGUCAUCCGCUGACACGGCGGCAGCCUUUGGCGUGGAGCCACGUGUGGCUCUGCUGUCGUACGCCACUGGGGAUUCCAACACAGGUCCGCUGAUUCAGAAGGUGGCGGAUGCUACAGCCAUCGUGCAUGAGCGCCGGCCAGACCUCAUGGUGGAGGGGCCGCUGCAGUACGACGCUGCUGUGAACAUGGAGACAGCCAAGACGAAGCUCAAGGGACGGACGAGUGAAGUGGCAGGGCAGCGCAGGCCAGAACUCAUGGUGGAGGGGCCGCUGCAGUACGAUGCUGCUGUGAACAUGGAGACAGCCAAGACGAAGCUCAAGGGGAAGACCUCUGAAGUGGCAGGGCAGGUGGGCAGGCCAGAGCUCAUGGUGGAGGGGCCGCUGCAGUACGAUGCUGCUGUGAACAUGGAGACAGCCAAUACGAAGCUCAAGGGGAAGACGUCUGAAGUGGCAGGACAGUGCAGGCCUCACCUCAUGGUGAACAUGAAGACAGCCAAGACGAAGCUCAAGGGGAAGACGUUUGAAGUCGCAGGGCAGGUGGGUGCAAGGAGUUUCUUGCUGCGGGAGUUUCUAGUUACGAGUAUGUCUGGACUUCGAUCCCCUCAUUCCCUCUCUCUCCCUUCCCUCAUUCCCUCCCGGUCCCUCCUUUCCCUCACACCUCCCCUGCACCUCCAGCCUGAGUGCCCAUUUGCCCUCAUCUUAACCCUCCACUCACUCUUUGUCUCUCCUUUCCCCCAUCCACCCCUAUUAAUCUUCCUUACCCCUUUCCCUGCCUCAAUCCCGCCGCUUCCUCUCCAGGUAUCGGUGCUCAUUUUCCCGGAUCCUCAACACCCGGCGACAACACGUACAAGGCAGUGCAUGGGAGGCUGUUCCCCCAUCCCCCCCUCUUAA